GAAGUAGACGGAAACAAAAGGGGUUGGUAGCUCCGUCAGACUUUCAUUGCUUAGCAGUCAUUGUGGUCUUUGAGCGGCAUUUUGUGAGUUUUUGAGAUAACUUAAGAGAGUUUAUCAACGAGCAGGAAACUCCAAACCGAAGAAACAUUCUCUGACCUUAAAGGAUUCAUCGUCCAGCCGGAGGAAGAGAUGGAUUUCAGCCGGACACCGCAGAUAGUCUUACACCGAAUAGAUUUCCCUCAAAAUUGUGUCGAUAAAGAGGAGGUGAUUCUUGCUGACCAGCAGCUGAGGAACCAGAAGAGGGACUCGAUUUUGGAUCAGUGGGAACCUGACCUUUCACAGAUAAAAGAGCAGGACGAACUACAGCAUCUACAGAUCAAAGAAGAGCAGGAUGAACUUCAGCAUAUACAGAUAAAAAAGGAAAAUAAUGAACUCUGCAUCAGUCAAUAUGAAGAGCAGACCACUGUGAAGAAAGAAACUGAAAGCUUUAUGGUUAUUCCUACUAAUGAGGAAAAUGACUGCACUGAGCCAAAACUAAAUGGUUACAAAUUCAUUUUACAGGACCCUCGUGAAACCGGGAAGCAGGAUCAGGAAAGAAACCAUCACAAAUUCCCAAGUUCAAUGGCAGAUAAAGAGCGGGGAAAAAACGGAAGUCAGAAAACCAGGCCACAUGAUAACAAGCGGUUUACUUGUAACAUAUGCAAUGCGAGAUUUUCUCAAAAUUGUCACUUGACUGUACAUAUGAGAACUCACACAGGUGAGAGGCCAUUUUCAUGUGAGCUUUGUAAAAAAGGCUUCGUUCAAAUAUGUUCUUUAAAACAACACAUGAGAACGCACACAGGAGAGAAGCCUUUCUCGUGUAUGACCUGUGGAAAAAGGUUUAGUCAAAAAGGCCAGCUAAAUUAUCACAUCAAGCUUCACACUGGUGAGAAGCCAUACCCGUGUGAGAUUUGUGGUAAAGGUUUCAUUACACGAUGUAGAGUUAAACUACACAUGAAAAGUCACACCAGUGAGAAGCCUUUCUCGUGUGUGACCUGUGGAAAAAGUUUCAGUUACAAAAGAACGUUGGCUGUUCAUACGAGAGUUCAUACAGGUGAGAAGCUUUUUUCAUGUCCUACCUGUGGAAAAAGUUACAGUCGAAAACAUAUUUUGACUUUACACAUGAGAAUUCACACAGGUGAGAAACUUCUUUCUUGUAUGACCUGUGGCAAGAAAUUCACUAUGAAAAGAGUUUUGGAUGACCACAUGUUGACUCACACAGGUGAAAAGCCUUUCUCGUGUAAAAUUUGUGGAAAAUGUUUUGCUCGAAAACAUCAUUUAACUCCUCACUUUAGAACUCACACAGGUGAGAAGCCUUUUCCAUGUCCGAUUUGCAAGAAAAUGUUCAGUUCGAAAAGCAGUUUGAAUUUACACAUAAAAAUUCACACUGGUCACAAACCUUUUCUAUGUGUGACCUGCGGAAGAAGCUUCAGUCAAAAGCAAAAUUUGACUGAUCACAUCAGAAUUCACACAGGUGAGAGGCCUUUCCUAUGUAAGAUUUGUGGAAAAGGUUUCAUUCAAAGAAAAAAAGUUAUAGUGCACAUGAAAACUCACACAGGUGAGAAGCCUUAUCUGUGUAAGAUCUGUGGAAAACGUUACACUCAAAAAGGUCAUUUAACUGAUCACAUUAGAACUCACACAGGUGAGAAGCCUUUCUUGUGUAAGACCUGUGGAAAGGGUUUUACUAUAAAAAUGCUUUUGAUUAACCACAUGAGAACUCACACAGAUGAGAGGCCUUUCUCGUGUAUAACAUGUGGGAGAAGUUUUCACGUGAAAUCUCAUUUAAUUUCCCACAUGAGAGCUCACACGGGUGAAAAGCCUUUUAAAUGUAAAACCUGUAAAAAGGCUUUCAGUUUAAAAAGCAGUUUGAAUUUUCACACGAGAAUUCACACAGGAGAAGGCCUUUUUUCAUGUCAAACCUGUAAAAAAUCCUUCCACUUUAAAAGUAACUUCAAUAGACACUUGAAAAUGCAUAAUUCAGAAUCCUGUGGGAAAACAUCAGUAUAGCAUCCUUGCAUAGCGUUUGAAUAACAGUGUUGAUUUAAUCAAACAGUUGAAACCUUGAACAAUAAGUAAUCGUGUUGAUUCUUUAAUAUAUUAAUUUAUGUUGCAGUUGAGACUCCUAAUUUAGAAGCUGGAGCGUGUAGUACACCACUAAUUCAGUCUUGACUUGUGUGUACUACAAUAUGAAAAUGUGGUGCACAUGUGUGUAAAGUUUGUCUUGCAAGCCAAACUACUUGAUUAAAGUAGUUGAUGUCAAUUGUUUUGAAGUUACAAUAACUGAGAAUCAGUUUGAAGACCUUGGAAAUACUGUUGCUUGAUAAAUUCUUAUAUAAAAACAAUCCUCUGUUAGUCUUCUAGAAACUUUGGUAUCCAUUUUUAAGGUACCACUGGGGCAUAGAAUUUAUUGCCAAUUCAUUUCUCAUGUAAUCUUUUAUCUUAAAUAUGGUAUAUGCUUUAAUUGUAUCCAAUUCAAAUAUAUUUAAAGACUUUGAUGCAUGUUUAUGUACUUUUAAUUAUGAACUUUCAUUAUCGCAAUGAACAGCAAGAUUAUCUGGAAUGUAUGGAAACUAUUCUCUCAAACACAAAAAAGUUGUUCAAACAUUUUUUCUUAUGUUAUUAAAAUGUCUUUGACUGGAA